CUUUUUCACCCAUCCUCUUGUUCUGUGCGUUCGCGGUCGCAUGCAUGUGUUUUUCGUGUCGCGAAGUGCGGUGAAAAUCUCGAGAUAAAAGUGUUUUUUUCCGUGGGAACCUCAAUGUAAACCGAACGAAACCGGCUAGAAUCUUUUCGGUGCCAGCAAAACACUGAAUUUUUCUUGGAACUUCGCAACGGAAGUGUGCAUUUUGAACUUUGAGUUUAUAAUUUCUGCUUUAAACUUUCCAACUACGCGGCGCAGCAAGCUCUGUGUGAAUGGAUUCCGAUCCCGAGGUCGUGCUGGUGGAUAAAGUGGACGAGGACGAAAUUUCAACCGAUAAGGACAGCGGAAUGGAAUCGGCUAGCAACAGCAAAGAUGACACACCGGAACGCAAAACGGCUACGUUAGAGGAGUUGUUGCAGGAAGAUGCGGAGGAGGAAACUGCUCCAGCUCCGAGUGCACCAGUUGCAGCACCAGAACCAGCCCCCGCCCCAGCCCCAACACCAGCAGCAGCAGCAGCACCAAAGCCCCAACCGGCAGCUAGUACAACCUCAAAGGCCACGGCACCAGCUGCUAUCAAAAGCAAGGACGACGAUUUCGAUGACGAGCCGGACGAGACGUUGACCGAGCGCCUGUGGGGCCUCACCGAGAUGUUCCCGGAGGGAGUGCGAACCGUUAGCGGUGCCGUGACGGACUUGUCCGUUGCCAGCGUCAAAACCCUGUACAAGUUCACCUGCAAUGCGUCGUGGAUCUUCUUCACCAGCUCGAUGAUCCUGUUCGCUCCGGUCGUGUUCGAGGUGGAACGGGCCCAGAUGGAGGAGAUGCAAAAGUCACAACAGAAGCAGGUCCUGCUGGGUCCCGGAUCAGCCGUAGGAGGUGGCCCCGGUGGUAUGCCAGCGAUGCCUCCGAUGGCGGCCCGAUAAUCUUCUCUCCCGAUAAAUUAAGCAG